UCUCAUUAGUAUAUGUGUGAGAGAGAGAGAGAGAGCUUUGGUUUUGUUUUCUUUUUUGGAUUUGGGUGGGAAAGGGGUGGAAAAAACAGGCGAUGGAGGUCUUCUCAUGGCGGCCAUGACAUUCAAAUUCCUUCGACGGUCGAGAUUUCUUCAACUUGGGUUUGAGUGGUCGAGACCAGGAUGAUUGAUUGGCAAAAUGCUGGAAUACGCUUGGGUUGUAGAAUCAGAUAGCAGCAGUUGACUUCUUGUUGGUUUUGCGGAGGCAUCCAUUGCCAGUGUGCAAGAAAAAAGAGAGAAGAAGACUAAAGAAUGGACUGCAAUAGAGAUGAGGCCCUCAGGGCAAAACAGAUUGCUGAGAGGAAGUUUACAGCAAAGGAUGUUGCAGCUGCUAAGAAAUUUGCUUUAAAGGCCCACAACUUGAAUCCGGAGCUGGAGGGUAUUUCCCAAAUGUUAGCGACCCUUGAUGUGUACCUCGCUGCAGAGAACAAAAUAGCCGGCGAAACAGAUUGGUAUGCAAUUCUCAAUGUGAGUGCUACCGCCGACGAUGAGACUGUUAAAAAGCAGUACAGGAAGUUGGCCCUUACACUUCACCCUGACAAGAACAAGUCGAUAGGUGCUGAUGGUGCAUUUAAGUUCCUUUCCGAGGCUUGGAGUGUGUUAUCUGAUAAGACUAGGAGAACGGCAUAUGAUCAGAAGAGGAACGCUAAAGGAUCCCAACAGAAAGCUUCGCAGCCAAGCCGGAACCAGUCUGCCCCUAAUGCUAACGGUUCUCAUAAAUCUGCUAACACCACAUCUUCGAACACAAGGCCUCCAAAGAGUGCUGCCCGUUCGGCACCAACCACCGCCCCUGCUACUGCUCCUGCCACCACUCCCGCCGUUUCACGUCAGUCGAAACCCAAUACAUUUUGGACUUCAUGUAAUCUGUGCAAGAUGCAAUACGAGUAUCUUCGGGUGUAUCUCAAUCACAAUCUUCUUUGUCCGAAUUGCCACAAACCUUUUUUGGCUGUAGAGACAGGGACUCCAACGAAUGGUUCCAAUGCCUCUGUCCCGUGGUCUUUUCCCCAGCAGCGCCAACAGAAUGCGAACCAUAAUGCUGCAAACAAAACUGCUUAUGGUCAUGGAAGAAAUGCCUCAACUGUUCCUAACAUGGGAACUGCAGCGUACCAGCAUGCAGUGGGCCACAAUGCAUAUAAUCACGUGAGCUACCAGUGGGCCACAUUCUCAACCACACCCGGUGUCGCGACCGUCUCAGCUCCUGCUGGCGCUCAAGCUGCCAAUGUGGUGCACCACACAUACGAUAAAGUGAGGAGAGAUCGUGAGGAGUCACUUCGAAGGAGGAAUUAUUCUUCGAGGAGGACAUCUAGUGGUUCCCAUGCGGCUAACAAUAAUGCUGCUUCUACUAGCAAUGUGGCUGCAUCGGCAGAGAGGCCAACAAAGAAAAGGAGAGAUGACGAUGGUGGAAACCAUUUUGGAGGAACAAAUGGAACAAAUGCGAACAUGGGUGUUUUUGAAACGGAUAGAGCCAAUGGCAUUUCUAGCUCGUUGCUAGAGAUGCGGAAUUUGUUAAUGGAGAAAGCUAGGAUAGAAAUCCGCAAGAAGUUAAAUGAAUGGAAUUCAGGAAAAGGUGCCAAAUCUGUGGCAGCAAAUGUCAAUUCAAAUGAUCCUAACAAGUUAGAUGGGUCCGCAGAUGGCAACAAACAAGGUCCUAGUGCAGUACUGCCCAAACCAGUAGUGAUCACUGUUCCAGAUCCUGACUUCCAUGAUUUUGACAAAGAUCGGACAGAAGCAUCUUUUGAUGCCAACCAGGUGUGGGCUGCAUAUGACGAUGAUGAUGGGAUGCCACGUUUUUACGCUCUAAUCCAGAAAGUUAUCUCUUUGAAACCGUUUAAGAUGCGCUUUAGCUGGCUCAACUCCAAAUCCAACACCGAGCUGGGUCCUGUAAACUGGGUCGGUUCUGGUUUCACCAAGACUUGUGGGGAAUUCCGGGUGGGCCGGUAUGAAGUCAACAACACAGUCAAUGUUUUUUCACACAGGGUUAGGUGGGACAAAGGUGUUCGAGGAGUUGUGAAGAUCCUUCCAAGGCAGGGUGAGACUUGGGCUCUCUAUAGGAACUGGUCUCCUGAUUGGAGCGAAACUACCCCAGAUGAUGUUAUACACAAGUACGAUAUGGUGGAGGUACUCGAAGAUUAUAACGAGGAGUUAGGGGUGGUGUCCGUCACGCCCUUAGUUAAGGUUGCUGGUUUCAAAACAGUGUUUCACAAGCAUAUGGACCCUGACCAAGUUAAAAGGAUCCCUCGAGAGGAGUUGUUUCGGUUUUCCCAUCAGGUUCCGUCUUGGUUGCUUACAGGAGAAGAAGCUCAAAAUGCUCCGAAGGGUUGCCGGGAGCUGGACCCAGCAGCUACGCCUCUGGAGCUUCUUCAGGUAAUUACAGAAACUAGAGAUGAGGUGGUGGAGACUGCAAAACAACAGCCUGCUAGUUGAAUUCAGGAUGUUUUGGGCUUUCGAUCCAUGUGGAAGACGAAGAUAGUACCUGUAUCAAUCAACUUAUUCGCAAAAAAUCGAAUGGGCUGCUGUCAGCAUGCAUUGCCCUGAGCUCUAUUUCAGUUGCAACAUGGCGAUAGCUUAAGGCGACUUUACAUCAUUUUUUGGGAGUCAGUUGUGGAAAUCAAAUAUCUUUUGGAGGUUAAAACUGCUAUGAGGUUUCUUUGGUAUGGGGAACUUUUUGAAGCUCCAUGAGGUGAGUGCUGCUCGUAUUUGCUUCACUGCAAAAGAGCUGUUUUUCCUUUAAAAGACAAUGGUCUCUCUGUUGCAGCCAGUCAAUUCGGUCAAUGCAUGAGCUGCAAAUCUCUCUCAUGUAUCCUUACGACUUUGCUCAAAUUUCUGGUUCUUGUUUUCAACUGUGAGGCAAUUGCAUCUUCUUUUCAUA